AUGGAACAGCGAUCUGGUUCCAAUAGAUCCUUGGCUGUGCCGUCCUACGAAGGUUCGUUAUGUGACAGUGUUUCUGAAAAAGAAUUCAGACUUAUAACCGAAGCUUUUCAGCGGGCACGUGUUCAUUUAGUGCACGUGGUCUGUCGAGCCCAGACUCACUGCAGCCGGGAUAUGCUGUGGCAUCGUUUGCUCGUUGGGGGAAUUGGGGAAGAGGAGAAAGAUGGGACGAAGAAAGGACGUAAGCGAAGUGAAGUGCGGAGAUCUGGGUCGGAUUAUAACGUCAAAGCGCACUGGAUGAAAGGGCUAGUGACUCUGUACCCUGGGGCCGAAGAGGUAAGUUAGAAGUAAAUAAGUCUUGCCGCCAAAACCGUUUUGUCUCCUCUUACAAACUUAUCCAAAUACCGACCACCUCCCAAAACACCAAAAUUUUCUCAGUCAAAUCAUUAGCAUGGGAAGCUCCCACGAACGAUCACAUCUUGUAAGCGAGCGCGAUAACUUAUUUGGAUGACCGUUGUAGAAUUUUCCUUUGUUUUUGCCCUCUUCAAAGCGACCCCUUGACCUAUGCAUUGACCUCUUUGUUUACCGAAUGUACUACACUACUGAGAGUAUGCGAAGAACGAUAGGUGACAACACGAAACUACACAUAUUGUAACUUAAUACCUCUUCUAAUAAUUAAGAGUGCCCAUGUGGAUCAGUUCUCGUAAGAGAACACUAAAUCUUUGCAUUUUGGGUGGUCGCUUACGGUAGGUUCGACUGUAUGUAUUUCCUUGACGACUGACUGACGUCCGAAUGAGUUAGCCCAUUUUAUUGAUUUUUCCAAUUUUUAUUUUUUUUGAGAGUGAUGGUAACACUUGCCUCACAAUCUCUUGGAAUUUAUAUUUUCUUCUCAGUCUUCAGCAUCUCGACUGAGCUUUGAGGAGUUCAAGCAGUUGCUCUCUGUCGUUGUUAGCAAAUCUUUACGGGAUGAGGAUCCACAGGGGAUACCUUUGCUUGCCAACGGAGCCUUGCUGUACCUUAAUUUAUUCCGGUAAGAUUUUCAGCGGUAAUUAUUCGCCACUUGCAAUCUUUUGCACUCCCCCGCCGAAAAAAACUUUUUUAAUUUCUUUCUCUGGGACGGCUGUAAUACCCUGGAGAAAUAAAAAAAAUUGGAGGGGGGGGGGGGGGGGGCAAAUAAGGUGCAUUACGGAAGAUUUGCAAGUGGCGAAUGCUCAAUUAAUAGAUGCAGUCGCAUCGCGAUUAAGUACUUGUCAGUCCAAUCUCUCUGUACAGUCACGUCUACAAGACGGACACCUGGUAUUGGUCCCUUCCCUACCGUUUUUAAGGCAUGUUACGUCUACUAAACUCUUCAAAACAGACUCUUCAGUGACGGACAGUUGGGGCCGGUUUCAACCGUGUCCAUCACAGAAACAAUUAUCUUACUGAAGAAGUGAGGGACACAUUUAGGUCAACUAAUAUUGUGCCCCUUACGACAAUUGUUAACUGGUUAGUUGUAAGUGCCUCCCCCCAUAAAGUGACAACUGGGGAGGGGACACUGGCAAAAUGUCUUUAAUGUUAAAAACAAGACACGGACAAAUAAAGCUGCCUUAGUAACUCAAGUAUUGCAGUAUCGAUACAAGUAUCACAGUCUUCAAAAGUACUUGAAGUGAAGGGGAAGUCCUUGAAGAGUCCUUGAAUUCCUUGAAAAGUACUUAAAUGUCUGUACAAGUCCUGGGAAAGUGUAUAAAUUUUCUUCAACUUAGUGUGUAGGGGCCUGAAAAGUGUUUUUAAUGCUUUUUGGGUGUCCAAGAUUGAAUAUUAAUCAUAACUCAGAGAAGUUAAAGGUGAUUUACAAAAAGAUUUUGUUUUGUUUUAUGCAAGAAUUUAAGACAAGUGAACUGAAGAAUUUAGAGAAGUUAGUAGAGCAAACAGUUCAAUGUGCGUUUUUUACAAUCUGUGAAAUUACAUUCCUGGAAGGUGGUCCUUGAAAAUCGAAUGUGGUCCUUUAUUUUUGUUUUUUAUGUUGUUGUAGGGAUGUCCCUCGUUUGAUCAUUUUCUUAAUUCUCAUGAUCUGGACAUGCGUUUGUAAUCAUUUUUUUUUUCAGUAUUAUCACCGCCAAGUUUCCGGAUACCCAUCGUCUUUUCGUAGGAGAAGAUAGUACAGUUCAUUACUUGGCAAUUUUAAAUGCAGACGAUCCAGAUAUGUUUGUACUGAUUCAUGUAGACGAACAGAACGACACUGCGGUAAGUUGAACGGUGUCGGAUUUUAAAGUAGACUCGAUUAGCAGCCGCUGUUCGGGAAUGAGUUCGCGCUUCUCCACUCCUCCUCUUCCUCCCCCUCUUCCUCCCCCUCCUCCUCCACUCCUCCUCCUUCUCCUCCUCCUCCUCCUCCCCUUCUCCUUCUUCCCCUCCUCCUUCUCCUCCCCUCCUCCUCCCCCCUCCACUCCUCCUCCCCCCCUCCCCCUCCUCGCCCCCCUCCUUCUCUUCUCCUAUUUUCAGUGCCUUCAAAUCUCUUUGAUGAAUGGUGGGUAUGAGGAUUGUCCUGAGCUUAAAAACUUUGCUAAAGGCACCUUUUUAACUAUUUUUGUUGUUGUUGUUACAGGACAUGUUAGUUGUUUUCCGUGAGGAUUCUCAGCCCGAUGAAGGCGGGACAUCCCGCCAACCCCGCCUUCUUAGCAAGAAAAUCAGGAGGCACGUGUACAGUGUCGUCAAUGCUUUGUGCUUCCACCUUUGGACAAGCUUACUUCAGGUAUAA